CUUGUUCUUUUGAUAAGAAGGAUCUAAAAGCAGAUUUUCUGGUCUUGUUCUUUCUAUUCCUUCACAAAUGCUUUCAAUUGCUAGACAGGCCACCAAGGGUCUUUCCUCAAAGACCAUCCUCUCGGCAAGUGCAGUCCACGUCAAGGCUGGUCUCUUGCGUCCUUUGGGUUCUGUUUCCGCACAGAAAAUCCGUAAUUAUGGUUCUGCAAACAAUGCAGCUGCCGAAAAGGAAACCAUCACCAAGCUUUUGUAUAACAUUGGAUCUCGCAAGGAAGUAGAGCAGUACCUUCGUCACUUCUCCUCAGUCGAAUCCCAAAAGUUUGCUGUUAUCAAGGUCGGUGGCGCUGUCCUGACCGAUGAGCUCGAAACCUUAGUCUCGGCCUUGACGUUUUUGAACCGCGUCGGUCUCUACCCCAUUGUACUCCACGGAGCUGGACCCCAGAUGAACCGUUUGUUGGAGGAUGCUGGUGUUGAACCCCAGUAUGAGGAGGGAAUUCGCAUUACAGAUGCCAAAACACUUGAGAUUGCACGCAAGGUAUUUGCUGCUGAGAACCUUAAGCUGGUUGACGCAUUGGAGCGUCACGGUACUCGUGCACGCCCAAUCACCGGUGGUGUUUUCGUUGCAGAUUAUCUUGAUAAAGAGAAGUAUGGAUUGGUCGGAAAUAUCUACAGCGUCAACAAGGAAGCUAUUGAAUCAUCGAUCCGUGCCGGUGCCUUGCCAAUUCUGACAUCUUUGGCAGAAACACCUGACGGUCAGAUUUUGAACGUCAACGCUGACAUUGCUGCUGCAGAACUUGCUACCGUGCUCGAACCUCUCAAGAUCAUCUUCUUGAACGAGAAGAACGGUAUCUAUAACGGUGACACUGGAAAGAGAAUUGAAACCAUCAACUUGGAUGAGGAAUAUGAAGAUCUUCUCAAGGAACCCUGGGUGCGUUAUGGCACCAAGCUCAAGAUCAGAGAGUGCAAGGAACUCCUCGAUAAACUUCCUAGAUCAUCUUCUGUUGCGAUUAUCUCUGCCGGCCAUCUCCACAAGGAGCUUUUCACUGAUUCUGGUGCCGGUACCUUGAUUCGUCGUGGUCACAAAUUGUUCAAGUUUGAUGAUCUUUCCAAGAUUGAUUCUGAUAAGAUCCGUCGCAUCCUCGAGGCUGAAGAUCCCGCCGUCAAAUCUGGCGAGGUAUCUGUUGCCCAGUACCUCCGUGACUUGAAGGAUAAGAAUGUAUCCCUCUACACCGAUGAGCCUGGACAGGUCUUGGCUAUUGUCACUAGCGAUCCCUCUGACCCCAGCAAGCCUGCUGUGCUCGAGAAAAUCCUUGCAAGCAAGACUGCUGUCUUGAACAAUGUCGCUGACAACAUCUGGAACAGUAUCCGCAAGGAUUAUGAUGCCCUCACUUGGCGUGUGCGUUCCAAGGUCGAUGAGGACACUCUCGACCGUUCCUGGCAUUUUGAGCGUGCCGAUGGUUCGCUUCGUAACCCAGAGGAUGGCAGCACCAUGUUCUUCUACGGCAUCCGUGAUUCUGACAAGGCUAAGCAGAGCCUUGUAGGUGCAGGUUCCAAGGGCGGUAAGCGCUCCUUCAGCACAUUCUCUCGCCCUCAGCGUCGUGGAUAUGCUAGCAGCACUCGCCAGAAGAAUGUUGGUCUGAUUGGUGCUCGUGGCUACACUGGCCGUGAGUUGAUUAACCUAAUCAACCAGCACCCUAACCUUAACCUCACACACGUCAGCUCGCGUGAAUUGGAGGGAAAGCCUCUUGAGGGCUACACCAAGAGCAACCUGACUUACGUUAACCUUAAACCUGAGGAACUUAAGGCCCAGGAAGAGGUUGACGCAUGGGUGUUGGCUCUCCCUAACGGUGUAUGCACCCCAUUUGUGCACCAGGUUGAGGCUGAUGUGAAGGAUGGCAAGUCUUCUGAAAAGGUCCUGGUUGAUUUGAGCGCAGAUUACCGUUUCGAUCCCACAUGGACUUAUGGUCUUCCUGAAUUCAACCGUAAGAACAUCUCUGGUGCCACCCGCAUUGCCAACCCUGGCUGUUAUGCUACUGGUGCUCAGAUGUCCAUUCGUCCUCUCCUCCCCUUCCUUGACAAGAAUGCUCCUCCCACCGUGUUUGGUGUGUCUGGCUACUCCGGUGCUGGUACCAAGCCCUCUCCCAAGAACGAUCCCGAGUUCUUGAGAGACAACUUGAUUCCUUAUUCUCUUACUGGUCACAUCCACGAGAAGGAGGUUUCCUAUCAGCUCGGUACUCCUAUCGGUUUCAUUCCCCACGUUGCACCCUUUUUCCAGGGCAUCUCUUUGACUGUCAACAUUCCUUUGGCCAAGACCAUGACCAGCCGUGACAUCAAAUCCAUCUACAGCGCUUUCUAUCAGGGUGAGAAGUUGGUUAAGGUACUCGAAAAUGAAGAGCCCUAUGUCCGUGACAACGCAGGCCGUCACUUUGUUCGUGUCGGAGGGUUUGCUGUCCACGCUGAAGGCCGUCGUGCUGUUGUUAUCACCAACCUCGACAACUUGUUGAAGGGCGCCGCUACUCAGGCAGUACAGAACUUGAACUUGGCAUUGAACUUUGACGAGUAUGCCGGUAUCCCCAUUGAAUAGAUAUUCUAAAUAUAUAUAAAAGUAACAGAACUCAUUUCUCCAUCUUAACCAUCUUACAUUAUUUCUAUUUUUUCUUCCUUGUAUUAUGAGAAUCACUACCCAAAAUAUAUAAAUCAUUUAAGCAUUCGGUGUAUUCU